AUGGAGACAUGGAUUGCAGCGCCUGCGCCGGCCAGCAGCAGUCCCGUCGCACGCUGGCGCUUGGAGCGACAGCUGCGCAUCGAAGAAGAAGCAUCAUGCUACAAAGCGGUGCCACACGAGAUGGAGAGAUACGCAAUCAUGGCAUUGCCAUUCACCGCAGGCGUGCUAGCUGCGCGACGUCGCGCGCUGCGACGACCUCGGCGAGUGACGAUGUAUCAGGCAGUGCAGCGAGCUUGGUGCAACCUCCCGCCCAACUAUAAUUGGGACAUAUGCACUCAGCAGAACUAUGCAGAGAGCGAGCCGGUGAUCAUCCCUGGCAAGUUGGAAGGAGCCCGCAAACUCGUCGACAGCGCCUACCAUGGGUAUUACACCCGUGAACGGCAGCGGUUUCAGGAUGACUUGGUCACCCACCUUGUGGAAAACAACGGCCGGCCACGACAAGCACCAAUGCUGCUGUUUACCGCCGGAGCCAUGGGCGUGGGCAAGACCUUUGUGAUAAACUGGCUCAGGGACAACGGCAUCUUAUCGGUUGCGGAUUUUGUGAAGAUCAACCCGGACAAGCUCGCCAAGCAGCUGCCAGAGUGGGUAGGAUAUGAUGCAUACGAUCACUCCAGUGCCGCAGUUAUGACUCGGUUGGAGGCUGGCUACCUCAGUGAGCUGACCUUGCUAUAUGCGCUCCAACAGAGGCGCAACAUCUUGGUGGACAGCUCUUUACGGCAUGGCAAGUGGUACUCCCGAGUGCUGCAGAAGAUUCGGGAGAAGCUUGACGACGUGACCGUCGUCCUUAUGUACAUCCACGCCUGUGAAGAAACGGUUUAUCAGAGAGCUGUCGAACGUGGACACAAUGGUCGGGCUGUGAGCCCUGCAGAGGUCGCCGAUUCUCUUGAAAAGCUUCCUCGAGCUCUCCAGAAGCUCCUGCCAUACACCGACUCGUUCAUCCAAGUCAACAAUAACUUCGAUGAGCCACAGGUGACAUCUGUUUGUCAACAGCUGCGGGGCGAAGACACCUCCUCCUGCCAAGUCUCAGAGGACAUCGAGUCGAUGGGCGAAGUGGGCUGGUCCGGUGUUUCUGGCGUGUUGCAGCAAGCUCGUGGCGGGGAGCCAGCAGAGCCUUUGCCCGAGCCUCCGGCCAUUCUUCCCGCUUCGGGAUCCUCGCAGCCAAAACCCAUGAGCACCCUGUUCCACACCAUUGCCUUUGCCGCCACGAAACACAAGCACCAAACCCGCAAGAACCCCCAGAAGACCCCUUACAUCAAUCACCCACUGGCCGUCGCCCGCAUCCUCGCUGAAGUGGGCAUCCGCGACCUGCCCACACUGCAGGCGGCACUGCUGCAUGACACGUUGGAGGACACCGACACUAGCGCCGCCGAACUCAGUGCCACGUUUGGCGAGCAGGUGCGGGAGCUCGUGGAUUCACUCACUGAUGACGACAGCCUGCGACCAGUCCACAAGAAGCUUGUCCAGCUCCGGAGUGCUGGGAACUUGCCACCCAAGGCGAAGCUCGUGCGCAUUGCAGACAAGCUACACAACGUGUGGGAUCUGGUGCAUCACGGCAUUCCGUCCUGGCCCAAGGAGCGCACGGAGAGGUACAUCGCCUGGGCCUGCGAGAUGGUGGCCGCUCUGGAAGGGACACACACAGCUUUGGAGGAACGAUUCCAUGCGGAAGUUUCACUCCCUGCUGGCUACGAGCUGGGUGACUGGGAACGAUUCGCUCAAGAACAGAUGAGGCACUUGGAAGAUUGGGAGCACGUGCAUGUGGAUGACAACGCGGUCUCUGAACAAGCUCACACACCAGAGUUAGAUGAGCAGCGAGCAGUUCUGUCGCUUCUCAAGGCGGCAGAAUAUGUCGCAAGUCGAAAUGGCUCCCAGCUCAUUGACAGCGUGAAGUUUGCGUUGUUGCUCACCGAGUACGGCAUAAAGGAUCCGGAGACGCUGAAGGCGGGGCUUCUCCUCGGAACCGCCAACGGUCACGACCGAGUCAUUGCAAAGGAGUUUGGUAACGAGGUGGCGGACAUACUUCGGGGCCUGGAUGCCACAUUCCCGAGUGUGGAAAGCAACCCAAAAGCCAAUCGGGUUUGCCUCGGCAAGCGCUUGCACGAGCUACGGAAGCUUCAGUGGGGGACAUUGGCCUCUCCGGAGGACAUUGAAAAAUUCCGCACCCUGUUAGAGGAAACGCGAAGCGUCCGAACGAUGCUGACAGGUUGCCAUCCACAGCUCGAGGAGGCCUUGGACGAUGUCUUCAAUGGCCAGGUUCGGCUCGCCAGCGGCGAGCUGACACCUGCGAGCCUGGAGUCCUUGGAAGACGCAGAGUUCUGGACUUGA